AUGCCAACUGAAAGUGUUACAGGUGUUGUUGCACCUUUAAUAAACGAAGCAUCACACGAGAAAAUAAGUACAAGUGAUGCUACUGGUUAUAAUAAUCCUACAACAACUUCUCCAUCUAGUGUUUUACCAAGUGUUUCUUCAGGUGUAUUGAAAGUAUAUGAUGUUGUUGUUGUUUCUUGUUCAAAUGAUAAACUGUCCAAUGGUGAUCCAAUUGCUGAAGAACUUAUCACUCUAAGAAAUGAAUUAUUAACAUUUGGUAAAACUCGAUCAGUAAGUAUAGGAAAUGCCCUAAUUAUUUUUCGAGUAGUACCUACUAAAUUAUGUUUACAGCAGUUCAAUUGGUAG